AUGCAGCAGCAGCUCAACGCAGCUCGAAACGGUGCCAAUCAUGUGGUCGAGGAUGCUGUGAGCACGGCACUUAGCAGUGCGGCGGUGGAGCGACGACUCAACCCUCACGCCAUCGGGUUUGUACGGUCGAACUCGUACGCACUAAGCACCCGGGACACAACGUACGCUGUCCCUGAUUUUUUCCCGGUAGGUGGUGUAGCAUGGCCAGAGCCACUGUUGGAGCUGUGGAAGUCGAUGCGCUACGGCUCUCUCACCGGCGUGUUUGCCGACUUGUCCCGUGCGUGGUUCACUGUAGACAACCGGCUCGUCAUUUGGGACUACCGUGGCGGCCGCGAAUUCUGCGUCUACGAUGAGAUUCCGGAGAUGAUCAGCGUUGUCGGAUCUCCACUUCGGCCGCUUAGUGGCAUCUUCCAGCCGCACGUAACAUACAUCAUUCCUGUGGGCACCACCAGCAUGAUGUUUCUCUUGGGCCUUUGCAUCCUUGGCGAGGGGGAGCUGGCUGAGAUGAAGGUUGUCAACCUGGGGUACAGCUGCUCCACUGACACCGUGAUAACGAAGGCGAUCGGCAGCAGCGGCCGCGUGUUCUGCGCAGGUGCGGACGGAAAUGUGUAUGAGCUGCGUUACAUGCGUGAGAAUACCCCCAUUACACCGAAGAUACGCAUGGUGUAUUACGGCUAUUGGUUCUCGAGUGCCCCUAUCCUUGGGCAGGUGACAUCGGCUGUUGCGAAUCUGUGGCAGUCGUGGAGAGGUAGCGGGCAUGGCGGGCUAAUCGAUCUCGUUUUGGACGAGCGUGACGGCAUCUUGGCUACGCUGUGUGAGCGCAGCACGAUUAGUCUGUGGCGCCUGAACCCCAGUGGUGGCAUAAGCUACAUGCUCUCUCUUCGCCAUCGGCCCGAUCGGCUGCCGCGCUCUCACUCCGCCCCUCAUGUCGAAUCAGCGCCACUCACGCGAUUGUUUGUGAUAGAAACCGAUGCGCAAGGGUGCCGGCUCAUGUCCACCGCCCUCAAUGGGGACCAGUUUCGCUAUCGCUACAUCAACGCAUUCGAUUCCGUCUUCAGCGGUGAGCUCAUUCUGCAAUCGCACACGCCUUCGUACUUGUCAGCAAACAAAGAAAUCAGUGUCUGCUACGCCUCCGCAUCAGUCUUCUUGGCCGCCUUCAGCGACAUGAACGACGACCGAGCCUCCGAUGAAGUGCUUGCCGCCACCUCCCCUGCCACGGUGAUGGCGCCGCAUCAAAAUGUGCGGGACAUCGUGGCAUCCUUCAGCGGUCCAUCCUCGCGUAUUGUGCGAGUCGACGCGAUCGAUCGGAUGCCGACGCAGGGCCCGCAAAACCUUUCUGACUUGUGCGCACAGGUUUGCUCACCCAGACCGACCUACGUCGUGGUGCAUCGCCAUGGCCUGUCACUCUUUGCUCAAGCCCGCCCUGUCGACACGCUGUACCUGAUUCUGUCGACAAGCGAUGCGGACUGCCGCGAGAGUCUGCUCAGCCGCUUCACGUCCGUGUACAGUGCCACCGACUACGCGGCGAUGCUCCUUCAGGUCGCCGUUGGCGCUUUGAACGUAACAACGGAGCGCCCACUACCGUUCACGAAGGAUUCGGCGCUUUCGAGCAGCCGCGACGAUGGGGCGGCAUUGAAUGAGCUAGGCCAACAGCUGCUGUGUGGGAACAACGCUGAAGUGCUGCGGCGAGCGCGCGAACUGCUGCGUAGCCUACAGCUGCCUGCGACGCAAGCGGUGCCGGCGAGUAGCGUAACGGAUGCCGAGGUCCAGCAUGUCGUCGUUCUCAUGUCGCCGUUUGCGACGGGGCUCGUUGCCUUUGUUGCCCGAGCGCUGUGUCUGCUCUGGAAUACGGGAUUGGGCACGAUCACGCAUAGUAGCGCCGUCCCCGCGGUACGGGUGCUCGAAAAGGUCAUCCAGUACUUGGACAGCCUGUCUAUCAGCGGCUUACCGGAGCACCAGCGCACGGUGAGCUUUCAGCACGAGUGGCAGGCGGACAAGGUCGUCGUGAUGGUGCCGCGCGGCCGGAGCUUGCGUGCCGAGGACGUGAAGAGGCUACAGGCGACCAUGUUGUACAGGUGCUACGAGCUGACGCACAAGGCGUGGCAGGCGGCGACGCUGCUACAGCGCGUGCUCGGCAUCCCGCUCUACUCUGAAGACGCGUCGGUGACGUUUGCGCAGGUGAUGCGGGACUCUGCGGUCGCGCAGCGGCUGGGACAUUAUCUGAGUCAGGUGAUGCUAGACUCCCAGUAUGGCAUCAGCGCCGGGUCUGGACUUCGAGCAGCCUCGUUCGCGCAGCUGCAGCGACGGUGCCCGUACUUUUUUGGCGGCAUCAGCUCGGAAGCCUAUCAGCUUCAGAGCGACAUGCGAUCUUUGACACGUGGCGAGUCUCUUCAAUCGUACACGGAGGCACAGGUGCAUAAGUGGGCUACCGAGGUAGGUGCUAAGGCUGCGACGUACUGGCCAUCCGGCGCGCUUCAGAACAUCUGCGAGCAGCUGCGGAGCCUGAAAUACGAGAAUGUGGCGGUGGAGCUCUUGCUGCACGCGGCGGCGCAGCUGGACCCGAACAAUGCGGCGCUGAGUGUUUUUUUGGCGGAGGGGGCCGGUCAAGUUGGCGACCAGGCGCGGUAUGGCAACGCCUACUCUCUGCACCAGACGAAGACCCAGGUGCUGGAGCUUGUGGUUUCUACCCUGGAGUCGGCGUGGCUGACGCACCGGAGCGUGGUGGACGACCUCCUCGGCGGUCCGCGCCGUUCCGGCACCAUUUGGCAGGUUGAGCCGUCAGACGAGUACGCGCACUGCUUUCUCUUCGACUGGAUGUGCGCCCCGCGUGACGACAGGAAUACGGCCAAAUCGCUGCGAGAGACGCUUGUAGCGGCGCGCUCCCAGUUUCUCGGCAGCUAUUUGCGACGCAAUGCCGAGAUGCUGACGGAGGAGUAUGCGCACUACCUCGCCAGCGUCCAGGGCGACUACCGAGGCGCGAUGCAGCAGUGCUUCGUGAUGGCCCUGUCUCCGCUUUCCGACACGCCAGUUGCCGACCGGCUUCAGUAUCGCCUCCGGUGCCUGCGCGAGGCUCUCGACUGUGCCCGGAAGUGUCAAUCCGACCAAACGCAGCAGGUGGAGCAGCAGCUGCGCUUGAUGGAGGCGCAGCAGCGGCUAUACCGCAUUGCCACCGAGUUCAUCUCUUCCGGCAGUGCCACUCUCGACCGUCGUGUGGAAUGGGAGGGUCAAAUGGUGACGGAGCGCGAUGUCGCCCUGCAGCACAUUGAGUUCUUGUCUAGCUUUGUCGCCUCCGCAAGCGACCUGACAGAGGUGGGUGGCAUGUAUCCGGCGCUAGGUGGCGCAGAGGUGCAGCUGGAUGCGCUGCUUUGCUCCAACGUCACAGACGUUGGCGUGUAUGCCACCUGCAUCGGCCGUGCCUAUGAGAACAAGAAGGACUCAACGGAGACCAUUACGAAGCGGCUCAUCGACAGAUACUUUCACCAGGUCAGCUGCUUUCCACUGUCAUACCUGGUGCGGCUUCUAGAGGCUCGCGCGUUUGUGCGCUCGCCGGCGGGUUCGACGGAAGUGGUGCAGCUGCUGGUAAGUCUUGGGGUCGACCUCAAGGUGCUCUUCAUCACAUACGAGAGCAUCCUUGAGGGUAGGGACGACACAGGUGUGGUGUGUGUGGAGUUUGUUGAGGCCGGUGUGACGCGCGGCUACCUUGUUUACGCGUACGCCACAGUGCUGGUUUAUCUAGCGGACCUCGGCCGGCGCGGCUCUGUGCAGCAGUGGCUCGUCAGCAACGCCAUGACCGCCACACGCAGCAUGAUUCGCCGCGCUGCGGGAGCUGUUGCAUCGCCAAAUGAGCAGGCGGCGGUGGAGCAGGCGGAUGAGCUACUGCGAAAGGCCAACACGCUGGCCUCAAGUGGCGUGUACCUGUAG